CAGGGACAGGCUGGGGACGCAGGGCCAAGGCUGCGGAGACAGGGGCAGAGCGGGAGGCAUGGGGACGCCGCGGCUCUGCCCAUCUCUCACCCUCCGCCGCCCCCCCCGGCAGAGCUGAUCCAGACGGAGAUCCACCACGUGCGCACGCUGAAGAUCAUGGGCAGCGUGUUCCGCAGGGCCAUGCUGGAGGAGCUGCAGCUGGACCCGGGCACGGUGCAGAAAAUCUUCCCCUGCGUGGACGAGCUCAGCCAGAUCCACGAGCGCUUCCUGGCGCAGCUCCUGGAGCGCCGCCGCGACUCGCUGGCCCAGGACAGCAACAAGAACUUCGUCAUCAACCGCCUGGGGGACAUCCUCGUGGGCCAGUUCUCGGGCAGCAGCGCGGAGCAGCUGAAGAAAGCCUACUCGGAGUUCUGCAGCAGGCACACCAAGGCGGUGAAGGAGUACAAGGACCUGCUCGCCCGCGACAAGCGCUUCCAGCACUUCGUCCGGAGGAUGGCGCGGUCCCCGCUGCUCCGGCGCCACGGGGUGCCCGAGUGCAUCCUGCUGGUGACGCAGAGGAUCACCAAGUACCCGGUGCUCAUCGAGCGCAUCCUGAAAAACUCCAAAGCCCACGAGGGCGAUUCGGCCGACCUGUCCCGAGCGCUGACGCUGGUGAAGGAGCUGAUCUCGUCGGUCAACGAGGAGGUGCACGCCUGUGAGAUGAACGCGCGGCUCUGGGACGUGUACCGGCGCGUGGACGGGCGCGCCAAGGCGCCGCUGCAGUGGGAGAGCCGCGCCGGCCUCUUCGGCAGGGACGAGCUGCUGCGGCGCAAGCUGGUGCACAGCGGCUGCAUGCUCUGGAAGACGGCGGCCGGGCGCUUCAAAGGUGAAGCCGGGGCGUUGG